UAUUCUUGCUGUGCUUCUCGUUAGCCAUACGGAUCCGCUGUUUCGCCACCAUCUUUGCCGCCGUCGCCGCCUCACGAGCACCAAGCUGCUGCUGCCGCCGCCUGACAGACGCGCCGCCACUGACUGACACCGCAGUUGACCUGUGGCCCCGCCGCGCUGGUGUAUGAGGAGAAGAGGGCGAGAGGGAACUGGCUGACGCACCGUUCCGGCUCCCUGCAGCCCAGCCGCCGCGUAAGCAGCAACUGCUCUCACGCAGGCCCCGCCCUCCGGAAGCGCGGUACCCAGCAGUGGGGAGGCGGGGCCACCAACCCGGAAACAACCGCCUCUCCUCAGGGUUUGGCUCCUUACGAUAGUUUAUAACAUUAAAGGCGCGGACCCGGCGACAGCAUUUCUCGCUUUUCGCUUCUCUGCCGUCGUUGUCCAAUAGGACUUCGUCUCGGGGGAGGGGCUCUCGCCGAGGGCUUCUUGCAGCCACGUGAUCUGGGAAACUCCCUGGCCCUCCCCUCGGGUUCGUACACGUCACCCCGGAAAGAGGUGUCUGCUCUUGAGCUGGCGGUGGAAGGCGGAGGUGACGUGUAAGGUUCUUGAACGUGACCUCCCUUCCUCGCGACCCGGAAGGAGAAGCAUUGGGCCCGGCUCAAAAUGGCGCCUCCCACGAUACUCCUGGCAGUGCGAGGAUCUGAAGGACUCUAUAUGGUGAAUGGGCCUCCUCAUUUCACAGAGAAUACAAUAUUUCAAAGGGAGUCUGGGAAAAACAGCAAAGUUUUUGCUUUCAGCAAGGAUGGUUCCCUUUUUGCUUGGUGCAAUGGAGAACAAGUAAACAUUGUGAAUGUCACCAGCCACAAUGCACUGCAAUCUUUUGAUCUGCCAAAGACAGUUUGCCUUGAAUUCUCUCCAAAGAGCAGUGUCCUGGUAACAUGGCAGCCCUACACAACUGGUAAAGAUGGUGCAGCAGGGGUGCCCAACCUUCAAGUUUUUGAUGUGAAAACUGGAAAAUGUUUAAAGUCAUUCAUCCAGAAAAAGAUGCAGAACUGGUGUCCUUGCUGGUCAGAUGAUGAAAGUGUAUGUGCCAGGAGUGUUAACAAUGAGCUGCACUUCUUUGAAAACAACAACUUCAGUACAAUUGCAAAUAAACUUCAUUUGCAAAAAGUCACCGAUUUUGUGUUAUCACCAGGAGAUCAACCAACUAAGGUUGCUGUCUAUGUUCCUGGAAGCAAAGGAGCUCCAUCUUUUGUAAGGCUGUACCAGUACCCAAGCUUUGGAGGUCCACAAUCUGCAUUAGCCAAUAAGAGUUUCUUUAAAGCUGAUAAGGUGACAAUGCUGUGGAAUAUUAAAGCCACUGCUGUGCUUGUAAUAGCUAGUACAGAAGUUGAUAAAACGGGAGCAUCUUAUUAUGGAGAACAAACUCUGCAUUACAUUGCAACAAACGGGGAAAGUGCUGUUGUACAACUACCAAAAAAUGGUCCUAUUUAUGAUGCAGCCUGGAGUCCUAAUUCCACAGAGUUUUGUGUCGUAUAUGGUUUUAUGCCUGCCAAAACUACAAUCUUCAAUCUAAAAUGCGAUCCUGUGUUUGACUUUGGGACUGGUCCACACAAUGCUGCCUACUAUAGCCCCCAAGGACAUAUCUUAGUACUAGCUGGAUUUGGGAAUCUCAGUGGGCAACUGGAUGUGUGGGAUGUUAAAAACUACAAACUCAUUUCCAAACCACAGGCCACCGAUUCUACAUAUUUUGCAUGGUGCCCUGAUGGGGAACAUGUUGUAACAGCUACAUGUUCCCCAAGGCUACGAGUUGGGAAUGGGUACAAGAUCUGGCAUUACACGGGUUCUAUCCUCUUCAGACAUGAAGUCCCACAAAAUGCAGAACUUUGGCAAGUUGCCUGGCAGCCCUUUUUGGAUGGAGUAUUUCCAGCAAAGGCAGUAACAUACCAUGCUGUUCCAAGCAAAGUGCCGAAUGAUGAGCCAAAGACUGCCCAAGCUUAUAGGCCCCCAGCUCUGAGAAACAAACCUGUAACUGGUUCUAAACUUCAUGAGGACGAGCCGCCACAGAACAUGAGACCACUGUCAAAUAGUGAUAAGCCAUUAUCUAAAACAGCACUCAAAAAUCAAAGGAAGCACGAGGCAAAGAAAGUUGCUAAACAGGAGGCCAGAGCUGAAGGGAACCAGGAAAUUACUCCAACACCAUCAGUACAGAAUGCAUUGCAGAAUACAGUACCCUUGAUAAUAACAUCAGGUGAUCCUGAGGUGGAUAAGAAGAUAAAGAAUCUGAGGAAGAAGCUAAAAGCAAUUGAACAGCUAAAAGAUCAAGCUGCUACAGGCAAACAGCUAGAGAAAAACCAGUUGGAAAAAAUUCAGAAGGAGGCUGCCCUUCUAAAGGAACUGGAAGAUCUGGAACUGGGUGUUUAGAACUAAGAAAAAUGAAAUUCAUGGGUUUGUUCUAUAGAAUCAUUUAAUAAUAAAAAUGCUCAUUUUAAAAUACUACUGAGCUACAUUUUUUAAUUUUCCCUAAUAUAUGAAUACAUGUAAAAUUUUGAACAGAAGAGUAUUAUAAAUCAAAACCAGGCAAAUCAUUUGGUGUGGUUUUAAAAUGGUAUCACUGAAAUAAUCAAAUAAAAUAUGGUGGCUACUAUGUUUAUUCUGUGGCCAAGAACUCGGAUUCAAUAGAUGCGACUCUUAUGCAGUAAUAAGAUUAUAAUAUAAUAAAAAAGCAUUCACCAUUAAUAAA